AUGGGCAAGAAAGACUACAAAGGAACCAUCCUUGAUGGAAGAGACUCCUUUGACAGCUGGAAGAUGGAUCUUGAAGAUAACUUGUUGAGUGACGAUCUUAUGAGCUGCGUCACCGGUAAGGCAACAGCGGAAUCGUCAGAUUUAUCAACGCCAGGAGAGAAUGCUGCGGACAUUAAAAAUGUCUCUCUUGCGAGAAUGAAAAUACGACAGAGUAUUGACCAGAUCCACAAGAACUCAGUCAACCAUCUCACCGAUCCACGAGCAAUUUAUCAAUCCCUCGUUAAGCGAUAUGCGACAUCGAACAAAGCGCGCCUUCGACAGCUGAUGCGAAUGCUAUACGACGUUAGUACGCAGACGAAUAGAACUGUGCAGGAGAAGGUCGACGACCUAAAGCGACUUCGAGCUCAGAUUAAUAGCCAAGACAAGGACAUUGUUAUCCAUGAACAGCUAUUGAUUUGCUUCUUGCAAAUGAGCAUGGACGACGCUUUUAACACUACGGUCGAGAUCUUGAACGCCUCGACAGAGACGUUGACAAUGGAAAAGGUGCAGAGCUCUCUGGAAAGCAAAGAGUUGGAGCUCGUCGAUACGACAAUCAAGGGAGAAACCGCACAAUUCGCAGGUCGUGGCCGCAGUGCAUGGAACAAAGGGAACAACAGGUCCAAAGCACAGGAUGGUGGCGAUGAUAGCAAGGAGGAGUAUCUGAAGAAGGCAGGGGGGUGCUGGUCUUGUGGCGUUUGGGUUUAUUUCUCUAGAGACAAAACGAGAAUUACCGACAAGAUCAAAGCCUGGGUAGUUGUUGCAGAGGCAGAGUGUCGCGAGUACGGAAAAGGCGAAAAGGUCAAGGCGAUGCGCUUUGAUCGCGGGAAGGAGUUUCUAAACGAGGCAAUGAAGAAGGUCCACGAGGUUCGAUUCGUGGAAUUCGAUGAGAGCAAGUAUAUGGACAAUGAAAUCAGCCAAGAAUCACAAUCGCAGUAUGACGAUGAGAAGGAAGAGAAAAAGGAGCAAGGGGAGCUCACUGAUGAUGACUCUGAUGCCGAAGAUUCGGUCAGGGAUAGGACCAUGGACCAGGAAGCUACAGAAGCUGGGGAGGAUGCCGGAGAAGCAGCGGAUGGGAACCCGACCGACCAAGACACUGCAGAUUCGGAGGAAGAGCUCCAAGGAGACACAAUCGAGUCUGCCGAAAACAAGAUCCCAGAUUCGUGGUUCACACAGAAACACGGGAUCAAUUACGAGGAAACCUUCGCACCCACGAUCCGGCUCGAUGCGAUGAGGAUCAUUCUAGCUUUAGCGGCGAAGAAAGGCUGGAAGGUAUACCAGAUGGAUGCUGUGGCUGCGUUCCUUGCAGCAGACCUAAAGGAAAGGAUCUUCAUGAAAGUGCCAACUGAGCUCCAGCAAUAUUUCGGGAAAUACGUUCAGAUCCUGAAGAGAGAUUGGUUUCUCACCGAUGACAGUGGACCCGACAAUAUUCAGACAUACAGAGUCGGGGUAAUCAUCGGCGUGCACGUGGAUGACUUUAUGAUUACAGGGGACGAGGAUGCCAUUGAACUGGUCAAGGAAAAGCUGAAGGAAGAUUUGAGAUGA